AUGCUCCAAUUUUUUCUGAUUACACUAUGCAUUUUUGUAAUCCCGCAAGUCCAAUGUUUUCAAAAUAAACAAAUCACUGCCUCGGGCAGUAUUCAAUGCCAAGGAAAACCGGCGGCGGGUGUGGUAAGUCGGAAAAUUGAGUAAAAAGUUUUUUGGAGAGUUGCACUGUGAAAUGCAAAAAUUGCACUGUGCGGAGGAAAGAAAAAUUUUUCCACCGUGCGAAGUGGAAACAUAAAAUUUGAUGCACCGUGCAAAAAUUUGUCGUUGAAUUCGACUGCGCAAUUUUGGGAAAAGCAAAUUGCACGGUGCAAUUGACAAUUGCGACGCGCACUUGAAAUCGGCGACGCGCACUGUGCGAAAACAAAAGCUUUCUUUGCACUGUGCAAUUUCUUGCUUUUUGCACUGUGCAAGAGGCUUUUUUGGGCUGUCGCUCGCACCCUGACGUUUUUCGCACUGUGCAAACGGCAAAGGUCAGUCAGUCUGGCGACGCGCACUGUGCGAAAACAAACGUUUUCUUUGCACUGUGCAAUUUCUUGCUUUUUGCACUGCAAGAGGCUUUUUUGGGAUGUCGCUCGCACCCUGACUUUUUUCGCACUGUGCAAACGGUAAAUGUCAGUCAGUCUGGCGACGCGCACUGUGCGAAAACAAAAGUUUUCUUUGCACUGUGCAAUUUCUUGCCUUUUGCACUGUGCAAGAGGCUUUUUUGGGCUGUCGCUCGCACCCUGACGUUUUUCGCACAGUGCAAACACCAAAAAUCGGUCCGGCGACUUUCCCGAAAGGCAAUUUUCAGCGACUGCACUGUGCAAUCUCUAACCUUGAAGGACUGCACAGUGCGCUUCUCAAAAAUGAGGACUGCACAGUGCAAAAAAGUAAAUGAACGGAAACCGAAUGUAACCUCAAGUGCGGCACUCGGAUUUUCUUUAAAUUUUGCAUACAUUUCGAGGAUAGACCACAUAUCAAUCGCUGAAAGUUUUAGCUCGCGCUUUGCAGGGAGAGCCGAGAUAUUCAACGAUCUUUGCGACUGAAAGAGUACGCGGAAUGCGGAGAGCGGUCAGAGAAAACAUCUUUUUGGCCGUAUCUUUGCCAGUUUCGUGCCGAAAAAUCAUGCUUUUUUGAACGAAACUGGCAAAGAUACAGUAAAAAAGUGUUUUUUCUCUGAUCGCUCUCCGCAUUCCGCGUACUCUCUCGGCGACAAAGAUUGUUGAAUAUCUCGGCUCUACCUGCUAAUCGCGAGCUAAAACUUUCAGGAAUUAAUAUAUGGUCUAUCCUCAAAAUACAUGCAAAAUUUGAAGAAAAUCCGAGCGUCGCACUUGGCCUACUUUCCUUGAUAUUGUAGAAGGUAGAGCUGUUGGAACAAGACGCCUUUAAAGAUGACCAUCAGAUUCAAGGUCGCUCCGAUGAGGCUGGGCAUUUCAGUCUGAGCGCCAAAGACUGGGAUUGGACUGCACUCCGGCCCUUCGUUUUCGUGUAAGCCGAAAUUUGAAAGGUUUUCGUGGCGGGACACAAGAAUUUUUUUUUUUAAUUUUCAGAUACCAUAAAUGCAAUGCGGACGGGGCAUGUGUGAGGACUAGACUGACCAUGAAUAAGUCGCAAGAGGAUGUCAUUUCCCAGGAUUUCGGGGCCAUUGAGUUGAGCAUUCCCAAAUUUCCGACCAACAGCAGCGAAAGUUGUGAUUGA